GUCCCACGGAAGUAAACAAUCCGCAGGUGACGUGGAGUAAAGUCUUUCACAACCAACCGGACAGGCUGUGUCAGCUGGAGCUGAAUUCACGGGUUUACUGGGACAUUUGUCGUUUCAGUCGCUUUCUGACUUCUCAGUUUAUCAAAUGGACUCAAUUGUUGUCGUCUAAAAAACUCACUAAAAAAAUCCAAUCCUCGUUAAAACGCUGAAGUAAAAUGGCGUCAGCAGAGGAGGCCAGCAGACCCUUCGCCGGGCUGUCGGACGUCUCCAUCUCGGAGGACAUCCCCGUGGAGGGGGACAUCUCUGUGCCCAUGAGCUCCUCCCGGCGGGACGACGAGUUCUCCACGCUGGACGAGCCGGUGAAGGAGACUAUUCUGCGGGACCUGAGGGCGGUGGGGAACAAGUUCAUCCACGUCCUGUACCCGAAGCGGAGCUCGGCUCUGCUGCGGGACUGGGACCUGUGGGGCCCGCUGCUGCUCUGCGUGACGCUGGCUCUGCUGCUGCAGGGAGGCGCCGCUGACAGCGACGACCAGGGAGGACCUCAGUUCGCUGAAGUCUUCGUAAUCAUCUGGUUCGGUUCCAUUAUCAUCACCCUCAACUCCAAGCUUCUGGGAGGCACCAUAUCCUUCUUCCAGAGUCUGUGUGUGUUGGGAUACUGCAUCAUGCCUCUGACAGCAGCCAUGGCGGUGUGCAGGAUCGUCCUGGUCGGUGGCACGGGGACGGUCAGCUUCGCCGUGCGGCUCGUGGUGGUGACGGCGUCCUUCGGCUGGUCCACCUUUGCCUCCACGGCAUUCCUCGCUGACAGCCAGCCGCCAAACCGCAAGGCGUUGGUGGUGUACCCGGUGUUCCUCUUCUACUUUGUGAUCGGGUGGAUGAUCCUGACAUUCUCGCCGUCACAGUAGACGAGAAACAAAAAGAAUGGAGGUGAACUGACAAACAUGAAGGAGGCUUUGUAGGUUGAAAGGACUAACAAAAAAAAACACCGGUAUCUGCCUUUGAACCAAGAUGAAUGACUACUGAAAUGACUGUGGGUGUUUCUCGGUGUCUGAUAUUGUAUUAAGACUAAAUAGACUCCAUAAAUAUUCCUAAAUAACUCCUUUGGGUGAAGCGUUGGCUCUGUCUCGGAUUCCGAGAAGUCCUGGGGACAGUUUUGCUGCAGAUGGAGAGUUAGAAAGCUGAUGAAUAUGUUCAUAUUUUUCCAGUUUGUCUCCCAGAUGUGUUUAUCAGCUGUGUAUAAAUAAAGUCUAUUGGUGUGUACAUAGAAAUGCUCUAUGAAUAUUUGAACUACCAGAGAUAUGAUAAUAAUUGUUUCUCCUCCUGGUCUCCCUGGGUUUGAUUAAAACCUCACACUGCUCUUGGACACUUCUACAGUUAGAAAAAGAAACCAUCCUGUUCUGACCUACUGUUUUCUGGAUAUUGGUGUGACCUCGCUUAGUUUGUUUUACAGGAAUUUAUAGAACAGAUAGAUUUGGAUUUACCCUCAGAAACUAGAGCCCCACCUAAUGAAGCUUGACAAAUUAACAUUGGAGGCAGUCUGUAAUUUCUCAUUGAAAAUCAACAGUUCAAAAUGUUGAGAAACAUGCUUUUCACUCUCUUAAUGAACAUUAGAGGAGAAUAUUAAAAGUGCUUUUGUCUACAAAAUUAGAAUGAAGCAGCAGCCAGUUGGCCUAGCUGAGCACUAAGACUGGAAGCAGAGACAAACUGCUAGCAUGCCUCUGUUUAGUAGUUACCAAUUUCGCUGAGCAGCAUUUCUGAAACUUAGUCAAUUACAUGUUAAAUCUUUUGGGUUUCAUCAGUAAUUGAAAAACAAAAUUCUUCUUCAUCAGACUAUUUUUUUACCCAAAGUGGUUUAAAGCUUCUCAACAAGAGAGGAAAUAAGUACAUUUUCUCUUAAUUGUUUCUUUAGGCCUGGAUGUUGUCUGAAACGGAUGCACAUAUAAUUCUGAUACAACUUAAUUGUAUGUUUGCAAAGGUGAAAUCUUUUAACGUUGUCACUCACUGUCCGAGUCACUUGAAAAAUGAUGUCUUGCCAUACCUGAGAGCGACACGGUUUCUUUCAUGACUGGCUUCAACGUCCAUCUCUUCUUCUUGCAGAGCCAAACAGGACACAUGAAACUUUUCAUGACACUGAUUCUCUGCUGAGGGUAAACGGAGGGGUGAAAAAGGAAGACAAUGUUUUAUUGCUUGAAUGUGUUUCAUUUGUAGAUGACUUACACCUGCCUUCUGUUUCUUGGAUCUCUUUGUGGCGUCCCACAUCCCUGUCUUUAGUCAAUUGGAAGAAUGAUGAUGUAAAACAGAGUUUCUCAAAUGAUCAAACCUCAGGACCCAACACCACCUCUUUAAUGACAAAUCUCUCAAAAACAUUCUGAAAACUUGAAUGAACAUUUGUGCAAUUUGGACCCAAGGUAGAUCAAAAACAUCACUGGAUUUCAAAAUCACAAAAUAAAAAACGGUACAUUUUAAACAGGGCCUUUCCCUUCUUUUUUAUAUUUUAAUUUUGAGUGGCAACAAGUGUUGCGGUGCAUUACUGCCACCUUCUGUGUUGGAGUGUGAAUAAACUACCCUGCAACUGUA